GAAAAAGUCACCUCCCUUUACCCAAACGUCUUCCAAUAAAAUACGUCAAGCUCCUAGAAAAACCUUCAAAAUCUCUUGGGGAUACGGAAAAUCAUAUCACCUCCAAAGUGGAUUUCAGAAUCUCACCCGUACGUCUUUUUUACAAAAUAAAGUAGAUAUAUCUGCAGAUAUAUGGUUUUAAAAACACACCCCAGUGGAAGGAAAAGACAUGUGGUGGUACCACCAUAUAUAUUUUGAUAGAGACAGAUUGACCACACUUAUAUCUGCGUUCUCCAAUCGCAACACAUUUUCUCUCGUCUAUUUCCUUGUUGUUCUUUCUAUCUGCCAAAUUAUAUUUUAGUGGGUGAGCAUUUGAGCCUCUAUUUUUUAUCUUUUUUACUUUUUAUUUUUCUGGGCUGUCGAUUAAAAUGGCGAAGAACGAGAUUUUUCCUAGUCUGAAGAGAUCGGAGAGGGAUGAAGGGGUUGAUGAGUUUUCAGCUUACAGUGAUUCACAUGAAGUUCAUGUUCUUGCCGUGGAUGAUAGUCUUGUUGACAGAAAAGUGAUUGAGAGAUUGCUUAAAAUCACUUCUUGCAAGGUGACAGCGGUGGAUAGUGGGAUAAGGGCUUUGCAGUUCUUAGGAUUGGAUGAAGAGGAAAAGUCUGUUGGUUUUGAUGGUCUAAAGGUGGAUCUGAUAAUUACAGACUAUUGCAUGCCUGGGAUGACAGGAUAUGAGUUACUGAAGAAGGUCAAGGGCUCAUCUACUUUCAGAGAUGUACCUGUUGUGAUAAUGUCAUCUGAAAACAUUCUGGCUAGGAUUGACAGAUGUUUGGAGGAAGGUGCUGAGGAUUUUAUAGUGAAGCCUGUGAAAUUAGCCGAUGUUGAGCGUUUGAAGGGUUGCAUGUUUGGUGAAGGCCAAAACCAAUCCAAAAAAGGGCUUAACAAGUUGCAAGAAAAUAAUAAUUACGUUUUACCCGAGCAAUCUCCACAGUCUAUGUCAUCCUUUGUCGAUUUAUCUCCGAGCCCAUCUCCACUGUCCACAUCAUCAUUAUCUUCGGACAGCUCGUUUUCUUCUGUACCAUCUAGUCCUCGUUCGUCUACACCUCCCGAUUCUCCCAAGGGGCCCUUCCAAAUUCGCAAUGACCAAUGAUAAUUUUUUUUUAACAAAUUACGACUUUCUCAUUACCUUUUUCCUCUGGACGAGCCGAGUAGCUGGGUUGGUUUCUUGUUAUCCAUCAAAAGGUUCUAUUUUUUUUUUUUUUUCUCUUU